ACUCAUUGUAAUAUUCCAUGUCACCGGAAGUCUACUGUUCAUGCUUGCUUUUUGUUUGAACUCAAUACAAUAUACUGUACAACAUUUCCAGACAAGAUUGCUGAUAGUGUGAAAUCAUGGCAUCUGGUUAUGAAGAUCAUGCUUCCAAACGUAUGAGGAUGGACAAAUCAAGUGAGGACCCGAUCAAACCAUCACCUUCUCCUGUUGUUCACGUGAGAGGUCUCUAUGACAACAUUUUGGAGAGAGACCUGACUAGAGCUGUGCAGCAGUUUGGUACAGUCAAUUAUGUUGUGCUCAUGCCAAAGAAACAUCAAGCUUUGGUUGAAUUUGAGGAUAUUCAAGGUGCCACAAACUGUGUGAAUUACUCAAAUGAAAGCCAGAUAUUUGUGGCUGGACAGCCAGCUUAUUUUAACUUCUCCACCAGCCAGCGCAUCCAAAGACAAGGAGCUAAAGAUGACAAUAGACCAACAAAUCACAUCCUGUUGGUCACUGUCCUAAAUCCACAGUACCCAGUCACUGUGGACAUCAUGCACACCAUAUGCAGUCCCUAUGGUCAAGUGGUGCGUAUUGUCAUCUUUAGAAAAAGUGGAUUGCAGUGCAUGGUAGAAUUUGAUCAUGUAGAUUCAGCCAAACGUGCUAAGCAAGCUUUAAAUGGUGCCGAUAUAUACUCUGACUGUAAUACCCUUAAAAUUGAGUAUGCCAAAACAGACAAACUGAAUGUAUUUAAAAAUGAUCAAAACAGUUGGGAUUACACUAAUCCAAACCUGAACAGUGAGGCAGCACCACCAAGAAACAUGCCCCUCCUACCCGAGCCCGGAGGUGGGAAUGCUCCCUACAACAGAAGACCAGGUCCUGGGGGCCAGGGCGGGUUUGGUGGGUAUGGAAGAGAAGGAGCUCCAAAUCAAGGUUACCAGGGCUACCAAGGAGGGGGCUUUGGUGGGGGAAUGUAUGACCAAGGUGAUGGCUUUAAUCAGGGGUAUGGAGGAAUGCCACAGAGGCAGGGAGGGUAUGGGCAGGAAGGAUUUGGGAGGAAACCUGGUCCACCCCCUCCAAUGCAUGAUGAGAGUGGCUAUGGAAGACCAAUGCCCCCGCAUGGAUAUCAAGACCAGGGUGGACCACUUCCUGGAGCCAUGAUACAAGGAGCGGUACUCAUGGUGUAUGGUUUGAAUCCUGAGUAUGUUAACUGUGACAGAUUAUUUAACAUUUUCUGUCUGUAUGGAAAUGUUGCUAGAGUGAAGUUUCUAAAGAGCAAGGAGGGGUCUGCUAUGGUUCAAAUGGGAGACUCAUUAGCUGUGGAGCGAAGCAUUCAGAAUCUCAGUCACAUCACACUGUUCGGAAACAAGUUAACACUUGCAGUUUCUAAACAGGCAUUCUUACAAGAUGUUCCUAAUCCUUAUGAGUUACCUGAUGGUACUCCAUCUUUCAAAGACUUUAUGGGCAGCAGAAAUAAUCGAUAUGCAAAUCCUGAACAAGCAAGCAAAAACAGAAUCAUGGCACCAACAAAAGUUCUUCAUUACUUCAAUGUUCCUCCGGAAUUAUCAGAGCAAGUUUUGGAGGAAGUUUUUACUAAUAUGGGAGCAGAGUGUCCGGAGAAGAUUAAACAAUUUCCUACCACCAGUGCUCGAAGUUCAUCAGGAUUAGUUCAGUUCAAAGAUGUAGAAGAGGCCGUGAAUGCUCUAGCAUUAGCAAAUCAUGCAUCCAUACCAAACCCAUCGGGCAAAAGUCCAUAUGUGAUGAAGCUCUGUUUUUCUGGCAGCCCUAUUGGUGGUCGAUAAAAGUAGAGAAAAGAAAACGCUCGUCAUAAUACAACAAAGGCUACAUCUGUACUUGCAUAGGCAUGUGUAGGCCUCAGGAAAUGGCUAUUUGACCAUUCUGCAUAAUGAAAACAUAUUUUUUGGCAUGUAUUUUGGAGGAAAUAUUUGAAAUGGUGAAAUUUAAUAAAGUUAGGCCUAAUAACAAGUUGAAAGCUAUGGAAUGACAGGGCAUACAUAAUCCUUUGCUAAUUUUAAGUUUGUAUAGAAAAUUACGAAGGUGUAAAAUAUGUAUGUUUUAUCAAGAAAUGUUCCCAAGAACAAUAAGAUUUCAUUAGAUAUUGUUGCACUGAUACUACAAAAGAUAAUGAUAAAAUUGCUUUUUGUCCUCCAAAAAUGAUGUUUAAUGUUUUUUUAAAAUGAAGUUUUACAAGUUAUUUUACAUGAAAGAAAUUAGAAUAAAAUUUGUUAAUGUGAAAAUUGGAAUAAAAUUUGUAAAUGUA